AUGAAACCAGGGGUAGAAGAGAGGGAGGCGGAACCUGCCACACCAUCACUGCGACUUACCACUUUCAAUGCGGACUUCAAUUCUGAGAAUGCAGCAGAGCCUCCACUUUGCUUGAUGUUAUUCAACGCCCGCAUUUUUAUUGGCUUUUUAGCCUGUUUUGUAUGUGCAAUACACUUCUACCAUUACAAAUUGGUGUCACCAGGGCUGGUUGUAGUUGUCUUGCAAUAUCUCGUCUUUUGUCAACAACUAGGAGUAAUGGACAAACGUGUCGCACCCGAGUGGAAAAUGCCUGUGCCUGAAGUCAAAGUCGAUUUGCCCCCUCUCAAGCUGUAUAACAGCCUUUCUAAUAGUAAAGUUGCUUUUGUCCCAAAAAGAGGCAAAGAUGUCACGUGGUAUUGCUGCGGUCCAACCGUUUAUGAUUCUUCCCACAUGGGUCAUGCUAGGUCCUACAUCUCCUUUGAUAUAAUUCGUCGGGUUCUUGUCGACUAUUUUGGUUUCAAUGUUAAGUAUGUGAUGAACAUCACAGAUAUCGAUGACAAGGUAGGCUUCUCCAUUUUAUUUUGUUACUCUGUCGAUCAGAUAAUCAAAAAGGCUCGUCAGAACUACUUAAUUGAGAGUUACUUUAAAUGUGCGUCAUCAUUUUCCCAAGUUAAAGAAGACAUUCGUGCUGCAGUCAAGUUAUUGGAAGCGAAAUCAAAGACACAUCCGGAACCGGACCAACGGGAAUAUCUUAAACGUGAAGUUAGUCGUAUUCGUACGCUGCUGACAAGCCGAACGUCGGUUAUGGGUAUGCUCACUGGGGCCCAGGACGCAUUGGCUGCAUACUUGGAUGCUAAACACGGCUCAUCAAUUUCUGAUUAUGAAAUCUUUGAAGCCCUUCCUCGACGCAUGGAGGAGGAAUUUCGUGAUGACAUGCGAUCUCUGAAUGUCCUUGAAGCCGAUAAGUUGACCCGUGUCAGCGAGUAUAUUGAACCGAUCAUUGCCUACAUUGAAAGAAUUAUCUACAAUGGUUUUGCAUAUGCUGUCGAGUCAGGCUCGGUGUACUUUAACACCAAGAAGUUUGCUGAAACUGAGGGACAUUUCUACGCGAAACUCGUGCCUACGGCUUACGGGGAUGCGGCGAAGUUGGCCUCCGGCGAGGGGGAUCUCUCGACCACCGAGGCGGAGAAACGAAACUUUAGCGACUUCGCUCUUUGGAAGGCCUCCAAGCCUGGUGAACCUGCUUGGCCUUCUCCCUGGGGUAGGGGACGUCCUGGCUGGCACAUCGAGUGUUCCGUCAUGGCCAGCGAUACCAUCGGCGAGUCUGUGGACAUCCACACUGGCGGGGUCGACCUAAAGUUCCCCCAUCACGACAACGAACUCGCACAGGCUGAAGCGUACUUUGGGCACUCCCACUGGGUGAGUUACUUCCUGCACGCGGGCCACCUAACCAUCAGCGGGUGCAAGAUGUCCAAGUCGCUGAAGAACUUCAUCACCGUUCGCGACGCCCUCAAGCAGCACUCUGCACGUGAGCUACGCUUUGCCUUCCUUCUCCACAGUUGGCGUGAUACCCUUGAUUACGGUGUGGACACCAUGAAUCAGGCCAUUGCAUUCAACAAGACCAUUACCGACUUCCUUUUCAACGUCUCACACACCUUGCGGUUACUUUCCUCGAGCAAAUAUGCAACCACCAUGGAUCUCCCCGACAACCAGGACCUCUCAAAUGCUCUAUCCACAGCCGAGAAGGAAGUCUUCGAGGCUUUGUGCGACUCCAUCGAUACAAAGCGUGCGAUGUUGGCGAUUCGGGAGUUGAUAAACGCCUCCAACCAGGUGGAGUGCGCGCAGCCCCUGGUCUCAGGCUCGAUGCACCUGCUACCGCGAGCACAACAGUGCUACGCUCUCGCCGCUUUCAUCCUCCGCCUGCUGUGUGUCUUCGGUGCUGCUGAUCGUACCGCCCUGGCCGACGCCUGGGUCGCUUCCUACCACUCUUCUCCUUCCGUCAACGGCAACCCCUGGCCUAUUUCACGCGACUACGUUGUCAAGGCGGCCAGCAAACCUUUAUGGGUCUCCAUGGUUGCACCCAAGAAGGAGACUCUCGCGGCAGCCUUCCAUGGCACUGCGCUUGCUUGCAAGCAGUUCGUUCGUGAGGUACAUGACGUGGCUUCAAAUGCCAGGGACGUGGCUGCUCUUCUGUCAAACUUCGAAACUACUUUGAAGAGGGAUUUCAACUUGGAUUUGAAUAAUAUGUCAAAUGAUGCCAAUGCGGUGUUUGACACGGCCCUGAAGCAGGCGCUGGGCGAAUGCGCGACGUUGAAGCGCGUGCAAAUGGGCGAAGUGGAGGCACUAGAGACGGAGGCUUGGCCAGUGGUAGCACGGCUGCUUUAUGCCACGGCAGAUCUGCGCCAAGGGGUACGCCUCCUCGCUCAGUCAGGGGGUCCGCUGAAGGUGCAGCUGCUGACAACUUGCGACCGCCUUCGCGAUGACUACCUCCCUGUCCACGGCAUCCGUUUGCAGGACCGAGCUGACAUCGCCACCGACAAAGCCGAUCUCCCUGCCAUCGGCCUCGUCGAGGCAAAACUUCUCACCACUGAGAGGCGUGAAAAGGCCGAGAGGGCCGCGGAAAAGGCGGCUGCGAAAGCCAUACGGUUGCUGGCCAAAAUGGAGGCGGGGAAACAACCACCCUCAGAGAUGUUCCGAAGUCAAAUCGACAAGUUUUCCGCCUUUGAUGAAAAGGGCAUGCCAACGCAUGACGCGACAGGGAAGGAGAUUUCAAAGAGCCAGUUGAAGAAGUUGCAGAAGAUGUACGACGCUCAGGCUAAACGCCACGAGGACUAUCUAGCCAGUCUUGACUCAUAG